AUGACCACGCCGCCUAAAGGACAAGUCUACUCAAAACAUCUCCUCGUCUCAUCACUUUUUCAAAUUUCGAAUUCUUUCUGUCUUCUUGAAACCUUUGCCCUCUUCCGUCCUCUGCUCGAUUUGCCUACAUCGCCCUUCUGCCCCAGCCACUUUCAAGCUUCUGAAGUGAAGAUGGACCAAAUCAAGCCCCCGAAGAACCUUAUACUGUCCCGAGAGAGCAUGGACGCUGCUCUGGAUGCUCUCUUGGCUGGGCAAUCUGUGAAGGAGGCUACUCAAAGGGUAGCCGAGCAUCUUCUCAGGCUCCCAGACCGAGUUCUCGACGUAGCAAGUCGUCUCGGCCCUCUAGCCGCAGCAGAUCGAGCUCGACCCACCAAUCUUAUGAAGCCCCCUCGGCCUCGACGCUCUUCUACUGAGAGGAUGGAAGAGGUUCCAGGGGUUAUUUCUGAAGUGGCUGAGGAAACCAGACUGGCGAGGGCAGAUCCCAUUCUUUCUCCUGUGGAUGCUUCUGCUGUGGGACUUGAGGUCUCCAUUACUGAAGAGGAGGCUCCAGGACAAAGAAAAGAGGUUAUUCUUAUAGAUGAAGAUGUUCAGGAGGCUCCUGCCGGAGAUGCCCCUGUUCCUGAUGAGGUUGGAUCCGGCCUUGCUACUGAUGGAGGUGUUAUAGAGAAGGCUGGGGACAAGCGCCCCGCCUCCCCCGAAAUGUCUGCCCCAGCUCCUGCUCGGAAGAAAUCUAGGGCUUCCAAGGGGUCGGCUCCAGCUCUCCCUUCUCUUGAGAAGAAAAAGGAUGUUCCCACGGUGCCCCUGAUGUCUGCUUCCGACAACGACAUUUUGAACGUGGAGGACAUCACUCAUCAGUCUCCUGCGAGCAUAGUUGCUGAAAUCAUCAAGGAGCGAAUGUUUGGUGGCGUCACAGAGGCUUCAGAUCCACGCUUGCUUGCUCUCACUGGUCUUCUAGCUAGUUCUACCAGGGAGCAGGCAGCGUUCCAGUCUCGACCUCGGGGGGAGCUGGGAGAUACGAUCAGGGAGAUGCUCCUGAUGGUGGACGCUCGUGACCACUCUCUUCGGGAGUCUGUGGAUCGCCGGGUUGAGGAGGCCUGUUUAGAGGAAAAUCUGUCCGCCACCAGUGACGCCCGGGGUAAUCUGGCCGCAGCCCAUGAGCACGCCAAGUCCCUAGAGGCAGAGUUAUCUCACGCCCGAAGGGUUCUUAAAGAGUCUGACAAGAGGGCAACUGCAGCAGAGGUCCGUUGUGAGGAAGUCCUGAAGCAGCUGUCCUCCGCAGUGGAUGCUCUACGUGAGAGGGACGAGGCCGUGAGCCAGAAGGAGGAGGUCCAGCGCCAGUACGAGCAGCUGAAGGUAAAAUUUGAUGCCGUUUUGGCUCAAAAGAGUGAAGCCGUAGCUCGGGUUGUGGUCCUGAAGCAGGAGCUGAGCAAGCAAGCUGAUAGUGUUAAGGGCUUGACUUUGGUGGCAGAGGAGUCCAAACUUCAGAAUCAGCAACUCUGCCAAUAA